CUCUCUCUCUCUUUCUCAUUUUAAUUCAGUUCGGAAAGACUCGACAGUAGAUAGUAUUUCCGUUUCGUCAGUAGAUUUUCCGUACAGUUUUCACACGUGUAGGAGAAAUCGUGGAAAGAUGAAGGCCUGGCAUGACGCGGCGAGUUUGAUAUUAGCAGCAUGUCACAAACAAACGUACGGUCGUACAGUAUCGCCUGCAGUCCACAAUUACAAGCUGUUGUGCCUAAAGCGUCAUCAAAAGUCGAGUUUCAUGCCAGGGUUGUACGUUUUCCCGGGCGGCACGGUGGAUCGAGCUGAUGUCAAUCUGAAAUGGUACGAAUAUUUCUCUGCCUUCGGUCUGGACAAUGAUAGACUUGCAUCUCUAGUACCCAAAAAAACCGUGUCGCGACCGCAGAUUUUUCAAUCGAAAGAAAACGAGUUGCUCAAAGAAAUCUCGCUACGCAUCACGGCGAUUCGCGAGACCUUCGAGGAAUGCGGAAUACUGAUAUGUAGACGUAACAAAAACGGCGAGGUUCAUUCUGGUUGGGCCGAGCACAUAUCAGUUCCUGAGGGCGAACUACAAAUGUGGCAGAACAAAGUUCACAAUGAUGCUAUGGAAUUUUUCAAUCUCUGCCAGAAGUUGAAAUGCUAUCCAGACUUGUGGGCGCUGCAUGAAUGGAGCAAUUGGUUGACACCUGUAUUAGCAUCCAAUAAACGCUUCGACACAAUCUUCUACUUGGUUUGCAUGCCGUAUGUGCCACAUGCUGAAUAUGAAGCUAAAGAAAUGGAGGCUCUACAAUGGGACACUCCAGAGAAGCUUUCUUCGACAGACAUCACGUUUCCACCGCCGCAACUGUUCGAGAUUGCUAAGUUGACCAAAGUUAAAAGUAUAGAUAAUCUCCUGGAUAUCGCCAUGGAACGCAACAAAAAAGGCGUGCAGUUGUGCCUUUCGGUGUGGGUGCGAUUGAAGGAUGGCAUCGCGUUCCUCAUGCCCGAAGAUACGAUGUAUCCGAAGAAAGUUGAUUUGUUUAAGCAACACUUAAUCGAUAAGUCGGAUAUCACUGCAGAUGAAUUUGAGAAAAUAACCCCUAUAAAAAACAGAACGGUAAUUCUCGACACGCAAAUUAACGUAAUUUUUACCGAUAACGGCGAAGAGAAUCGCGUGGUAUUUCCAAUACCUGGGCGUUCAAAGAAUGAAAAUGUGCAAUCUAAAAGUAAACUUUAACAUGAAUAAUAGAGAGAGGUAUUCGAUUUCGGUUUGAGAUAGUUUGCUCGAAGGAAAUAUUUUUAAAUGUUUUGAACAAAUGUUAAAUUAGUCACUGGGUCUGUUUUCAGUAACUAAACUAGUGUACACUGUUGGCACUUAAAGUGAGACAGGCAUAUGUUUGAUAUUUGUUGAAAGGCAAGAAAGAAAAGUUCUAGUGCAGGAACAGAAAACAGACCAAUUGUAUGAUUUGAUAAGGGAUUGACGUUUCUAAUAAAAUAAUGAUUAAAAUAACUUGUAAAUAAAUAACAUAAAUGAUAUCUUUGUUAUAUUUCUAUAACAUAAUAUAUUCGUAUUUAUACCAUAAAUUAAACAACGUAAACACGAAUGUUAGUAUUAAAAUUAAACAUAUAAUA